CGGUUCGUUAAACAGCCCUAGCGUGCUACAAAAUAACAAAAACGUUCGACACUGACUCGUGAUUUCUGUUAAGUCUUGUACUACAGUCCACUUAACAUCCAGCUAUCUCUCCCCAUCCCCUUAUUCCCUCACAAUGCACCACCAUAUCUUCCCCCUCCUCCUAAUCCUCACUCUCUCCUCCGCCGUCCCGCCACCUCCCCCACCGCAACUCAACCUCAUCCUCCCCUCCGACGCUGUCGCCAUCCUCUCAUUCAAGUCCAAAGCCGACCAAAACAACAAGCUCCUCUACAUUAUCAACGAGCGUUUCGACCAUUGCCACUGGCAAGGCGUCAAGUGUGCUCAAGGCCGUGUGGUUCGUUACGUUCUCCAGUCCUUCAGCUUACGCGGCAUUUUCUCACCCAACACUCUAACUAAUCUGGACCAGCUCCGGGUUCUUAGUCUUCGAAACAACUCACUUUCUGGCCCGAUUCCAGACCUUUCAGGGCUUGUGAACCUCAAAACACUUUUACUUGAUCAUAACUUGUUUUCCGGAACAUUUCCACUCUCUGUUCUCACUCUUCACCGUGUCCACAUUCUUGGCCUGGCGAAUAACAACUUGUCAGGUCAUAUUCCGGUAGAACUUAACAAAUUAGACAGGCUCAAAUAUCUUCGUCUCGAUUUCAACCGCUUCAACGGGACUCUUCCGCCUCUUAAUUUAUCGUUACUCAUUAUCUUCAAUGUUUCGGGUAAUAAUUUAUCCGGAGAAGUACCUGUCACUCAGACACUCUCGCGGUUCAACAUUUCUUCAUUUUUGUUCAAUUCUGACCUCUGCGGUAAAAUUUUAAACAAAACAUGCCGAUUAAAUUCAUCUACAUUGUUCAAUUCACCGCCUUCACAAGUAAUUGUUUCGGCUCCUCUGUCUGGCAAGAAGCACACGAAUAAUAUUGGCGCGAUCCUCGCGUUUGUGAUCGGAGCUUUAGUUCUAGUUGCGGCAUUUUUAUGCAUAAUUGCGUGCUUUAAAAAUCGAAGACGCCAGCGAAUUGAACAGAGUGAAGCUAAAAUAGCAAAUUUCAGUGCCGAGGCUCAGGAUGCGAAUGUUAAUGAAAGCUCAAUUGUAAUGCCGACUUCGAGCAGUGAAUUACAGAAUCGACGUAGAAAGAGCGGAAAUUUAAUAUUCUGUAACAACGAGCCGCCAUUUUGCAAUCUAGAUCAGCUAAUGGGAGCUUCAGCGGAGUUGCUUGGGCGAGGCACGAUAGGAAUCACGUACAAGGCCGUGAUGUAUAAUCAGAUUACAGUGACUGUUAAGAGACUCGACGCUGUAAAAACUGCGAAUACAAGCAACGAGGCCUUCGAACGACACAUGGAGACUGUGGGGCUGCUACGCCACCCGAAUUUAGUCCCGGUGAAAGGCUACUCACAGGCGAGUCAAGAAAAGCUGAUUGUUUACGAGUUUCAACCUAAUGGCAGUCUCUUCAAUCUUAUUUACGGUUCAAGAUCAGCUAGAGCAAAACCAUUACACUGGACUUCAUGCUUAAAAUUGGCAGAAGAUGUGGCUCUGGGACUUGCCUACAUCCACCAGGCCUCAAGGCUGAGCCAUGGCAACUUGAAAUCCUCCAAUAUUCUACUUGGCGCAGAUUUUGAAGCACGUCUAACGGAUUACUGUCUGUCCAUACUCGCGGACUCUACUUCCAUAGACGAUUCAAAUUACAGGGGCUAUAAAGCCCCAGAGAUACGCAAGUCAAACCAUCAUGCUACCACAAACUCUGAUGUGUUUGCAUUUGGCAUUCUCUUGCUAGAGCUGCUUACCGGUAAACCUCCCUCUCAACACCUAUCACUCGGGCCUAAUGAUAUCAUGGACUGGGUGACAGCAAUGCGGAAUGAAGAGGAAGAGGAUACCAAGCUGAAAAUGCUUGUGGAGUUAGCUGGUUUUUGUAGCUUAACAUCACCCGAACAGAGGCCCUCAAUGAGGCAAGUGAUAAAAAUGAUACAGGAGAUAAAGGAGGCUGCAGUUGUAGAUGAAAAUUUAGAGGAAAGCAACUUUUGAUUAUUCAUAGCAUUUUCCUUUUCAGUGAAGAACAUGAGCUACGCACAAAGAUUCAACAACAUAUUCUUUGGCACCAUAAUCAUCCAGGCCGCAUGUAAUCAAUGUAUUUUGCAUUGUCAUUUUAGUUGAGCCUAACUAGUAUAUGUGACUUUACUCUUAAGCCUCUUACCAUGCCCAAGGGAUGCUCGGCUCUAAACCUUUGCUAAUGAUCUUCCUCAGCUUGAGGCAAGUUAUUUACUUAUUUAUUGUAUGACUAGAGCUUUUGUAAGUAGUAAGAAAUUAAAAUAUGUUCAACACUACAUUUUCUUGGGAGCGGAAAUAAUUUUAAUUCACCACUUCUUUUA